UCCGACAGAACAAAUAAUUUGCAUCCGAUGGGGAUGGUCUUUUAAUAGUCGGUUUCUUCGGUUGCUUAAAACAACAUAAAAUCAAGUCGAUAGUCACUACAUAUUUUCCGCUAAAUCGCUGCUACAAUUAAUACCCGACUUCCAUAAACGCUAAUCGACAUACAUAAUCAUGGAUAUGGAGAACGAUGAUGAUUAUGAGGAAUAUAUCCCGGUUGCAAAAAGGAGGGCCAUGGCUGCACAAAAGAUUUUUCAACGUCAGGGGCAACCUUCAAUUCUUGAAGACGAAACAGAAAAGGCAAAACAAGUGGAAUUGAAGCCGAGUUUGCUUGUGAAAGCUACUCAGCUUAAGCGUGAACAGCCUGAAGUCACUCCUACUGAACAAGCAGUUCAACAAGAAAAAGAAAUGAUGGAAAAUCUUUCUGAUAGAAAGACUUUAAUGUCGGUUCGUGAACUUGCAAAGGGUAUAACAUACUCUGAACCUUUGCCGACUGGUUGGAAGCCCCCUCUGCCCAUAAGAAGAAUGUCACAAAAAGCGUGUGAUGGUAUCAGGAAACAAUGGCAUAUUAUUGUUGAUGGUGAUGAAAUCCCACCACCGAUUAAAAAAUUCAAAGAUAUGAGAUUUCCCGAGCCUGUGUUAAAAAAACUGAAAGAAAAAGGGAUUGUGCAACCUACACCCAUUCAAGUUCAAGGAUUACCCGUUAUUCUAUCAGGAAGAGAUAUGAUUGGAAUUGCAUUUACAGGGUCAGGAAAGACAUUGGUAUUUGUGUUGCCAAUUAUUAUGAUGGCGCUGCAGGAGGAAAUCAUGAUGCCAAUUGCUGCAGGGGAAGGUCCAUUUGGGCUGAUUGUAUGCCCAUCAAGAGAGCUAGCAAGGCAGACGUAUGAGGUUGUGGAGGAAUUUUUAAUACCCUUGAGGGAAUCUGGAUUUCCAGAAAUAAGACCUCUACUUUGUAUUGGAGGUGUUGAUAUGCGAACACAGCUGGAUAUCGUCAAAAGAGGUGUUCACAUUGUAGUUGCUACCCCUGGAAGGUUGAAGGAUCUGCUUGCCAAAAAGAAGAUGAAUCUUGACAAUUGCAGGUAUUUGACUUUAGAUGAGGCUGAUAGAUUAGUUGAUCUAGGAUUUGAAGAUGACAUUAGAGAAGUAUUCGAUCAUUUUAAAGCUCAAAGGCAGACUCUUCUGUUUUCAGCCACAAUGCCUGCCAAGAUCCAGAAUUUUGCUCGAAGUGCUUUGGUCAAACCCGUCACAGUUAAUGUGGGUCGAGCAGGAGCAGCAAAUCUUGAUGUUAUUCAAGAAGUUGAAUACGUGAAGCAAGAAGCAAAGCUCGUUUACCUCCUUGAAUGCUUACAAAAAACUCCUCCACCUGUUUUAAUAUUUUGUGAAAACAAAGCCGAUGUCGACGAUAUUCAUGAGUAUCUCUUGCUUAAAGGAGUCGAAGCAGUUGCCAUCCAUGGUGGAAAAGACCAAGAGGAGAGAGAAUAUGCAAUUUCAUCUUUCAAAGCGAGUAACAAAGAUGUUUUAGUUGCUACUGAUGUUGCUUCAAAGGGUCUUGAUUUCCCGGAUAUCCAACAUGUCAUAAACUAUGAUAUGCCUGCUGAAAUUGAAAAUUAUGUGCAUAGGAUCGGAAGAACAGGGAGAUGUGGGAAAACAGGAAUUGCAACUACUUUCAUCAAUAAGAAUCAAAGUGAGACUACUCUUCUCGACUUAAAACAUUUGUUACAAGAAGCAAAACAAAGGAUUCCCCCUGUUUUGGCUGAACUAGAUGACCCGAUGGAAGAUCUGGAUGCAAUAACUGAUGCAAGUGGUGUCAAGGGUUGCGCAUACUGUGGUGGACUUGGUCACAGGAUAAAAGAUUGUCCAAAAUUGGAGCAUCAGAAAAGCCAACAGAUUGCUAGCUCUCGGAGGGAUUACUUUGGUUCCGGAGGCUAUAGGGGCGAAAUAUAGGUCCAUGCAAAUUUUCUCAACUUCGUAUGAAGGUUACUUGAACCUUGUUAGCUAAAUUUUGUUAGAUUAAAUAUUGUGUUCUUAUGUAUGCUAAUGUUAUAAGGUAUAUGUUCCAUUUGUGUAAGAGAUCACUGAUGUAAACUGUGUGAGAUUUAAGUUCUGAUUCAAGCAGUGAUUAACAGGUGUAUGUUUUGAUAGUA